CUGCUGCUGUUGCUGCUGCUGCCGCCGCCGCCGCCGCCGCCGGAGACGACGUCGACGACGACGACGACGACGACGACGACGACGAAGAAGACGACACACGGGCGUGCGUACCGUCGUGUCACCGAACUCCGCCUCGGUCGCUCGCGCUCGAGAUCGGACGUCGCGGAAUCGCGACAGGCGUUCCCCUUCCUCACCCCCCUCGCCCCUCGUGUGUGCCUGGUGUCGCGCUCGCGUUCGCCGCAUUCGCGAGAUCGCCUCGUUACGGUCCCGUGCACCUCGACGCCCGUGUCGGAACACCUUGUCUGGAGGGCGGGAGCGAAAAACGGAGGAAGAGAGAGCGAGCGAGAGAGGCAGAGGGACACACACACACAAGGGAAGAAAGGAAGAGGGAGACAGAGGCGCCCUGGCCGCUCGCGAAGGAUCGUCCUGGACGACGUUCGCUCCUGUCACUUUCGUGCCGAGGCCGAUACGGAUCGCGCGGCGGCGGCGUCCCGACGACGACCGAUGCCCCGUCGGAGGAUUCAACCCGGUAACCACGGUGUCGUCGCGACCGCGCUGUCGUGCGUCGGUGCAUGUUAGUGCAUCAUGUGAUUGCUUCCACGGGCUGCUCUCCUCUUCUACUUCGCCACGGUGACGGAUACUAGCCAGCGUGAAGGAUGCAGGAACUGACAUUCCCGCGUCGGAAAGGGAUUCUCACCCCAGUAUCGGUGUUGGUGCUGGUGAUACUACCAUUGGUCGAUUUACCCUCCGCAAACGGAGCUUGCGAGUUUCCAUCAAGUUGGUCGGGAGAAUGGUAUCAGUAUGGCAAGCAGCACACAGUCGUUAUAAACACGACCGUUCUCGGGGAACGAGCAUGCAUCGAAAGAAUGGACGACAAAUACGUCGUAUACGGCGAAAAUUGUUAUCACUGUAUGAUCAUCAACGGACGCCAUGAGAACGUUAUUCAGUAUCGUGAAGGUUGGUGCAACACGGAGCGAACGAGUUUGGAAGAGAUGUGCGCGAUAAUUACUUCGGACGAUACGCUCUAUUCGAUGUUCCGUAUGAACUCGAAACCGAUAUCUUGUCCCUUUAGCGGGGCAUCAUUCCAAUUCACGUACAAUCGGGGUUACGGUGAGUGUGUUCAGCCUAUAAGUCUCGCGGAGAAGUGUACCGACGAGAGCAAGCUUCUCCUGAAGUAUCAAGCAUGCCCGGACGUUACGGGGACUGAGAGCAAUACCGAGGAGCUACAAUGUCUUGCCAUUUGGAACGAUGGUCGCAAUAAAUAUCUAGUGGGAACCUUAAAAGAGAGGAGCGCACUAACGAGUGGCACAAGAACGUACAGAUGUUUCCUAUACGAAGAAAAGUCUCAUCAUCAGGGGAAGAUGAUUUAUUUACUUGCACAGUCCGGCGACCCGACUUGCAACGGCCUAACUACAGUUUUUGAAGGUUCACCCACCAUAAAACUAACGAAAGUCGACAAAGAGCACAGUAGAUGCAAAUAUCCGGCCUGGGUAACUCAACACCAUGACUGGCACUCUCUCAAUGGCUCGAAAAGCUAUCACUUUACAAACAAGAACGCCACGCUAAGAGUAAAAAUGCAAACAGAGAAUACAAACGAUGAGACCAUUCAUGAGGAAAAAAUCGUUUGUCACAAUUUGGAGAAGCUGUAUCCGAAUGACAAUAUGCAAGGGAAUAAAGUGAAACUGGUUGCUCACGUCACCAGCGGCUGCGACAUUGGUUACGUUUGCAUGAUAUUUCACAAAAGAGACAGCCAUAUCAUCGAGAUACAGCAAUCAGCUCAAAAAGCUAUUAUGCCAGAAGAGGCGUGUUCAAUCUCGGAUCCCUCCAUGAUGCCGUAUACGACCUUAAUAACCACGUCCCUGCAUCAAAGAAGGUGUCCUAAUUCAGGACGGUACAAGAUUUUGGAUUUUGCUCCGUCACAUGCGUUGUCGACCGCCGUAUCGAGACGGCAGCGACGUAGCGAUUCGUCGAGAACAACCAAGAGGCGGACUUGGCAAGAGAACAUCGAAGACGAGGAAUGCAGAAAUACAAAUGUUCAAGUAGGCUGCACCUCCGAUCAAGCCGAAAUAAUAAUCGGCAAUACGUGCGAACAUGAGAAGAUUGCCUAUUUUUGUCACGGUAGCUGGGAAGAGAAAGGAAUGUGGUAUACGAUAGCGUCGCAACGGAAUUCCGAAGGCAGUCUGGGACAAACGUUUUGUUUUUCCAUGCUUCUCGAAGGUGUCAGAGACAGAGGUGGUAGGCAGAAGCAACAGGAAAAAGAAUUAUGGCUAUCGAGGCCAUCGCGUACUUGUCAAAGAGAAGCCAAGGAUGAAUGGACGUACAGAUUGUCUAAUCAAGGAGUAUGCGAGGACUUAAUGAAGGCUUCAAACGCGGCAUCAGCCUCAUCGUUGUCCCAGCUUCUGUUUAUCUUACAUAUAGCAGCUUACGCCGCUAUUAAUACGCUGUGCGUAUUACUUUCGAGAUGAUCUGCAGCUAUUAUGUAAGACUGUCAAAGUACUGUAAUUUCCAGCACGAAUUCUCAGGUAUUGCGUGUUUCUGGAAGUGUAUAUAGCUCUAACAGUUUGAUAGCUAUUGACCGAACGAUGAGCUGUCAAUACAUAAGUAAGAGGUAGGAAAUGUGCAGCUAAACCGUUAUUACUGACAAUAUUAAUUUUCGUUUCGUUGAAACAGCCUAAUUACAUAAAUGGAUUACGAUUGUUUCCAAUUGGAAAUGAAGCGACUUAUACACGCUUGUAAAUUAUUUUUUUAUACGUACAAUACUUAUUGUAAUUUACUGCAGAUUAGUAUUUUAAACGAGUGACCAAACUCUGGACUACUAGUUUCGAUAUAACGUUUUAACAAUAAUUUUUUAUGUCUAACUUUUGAUUGUUUAUACGUUUUUAAUUCUAUGCGAAGGGAAGAACCGAAAUGACACAUUCAGGACUAGAAAAAAAAAGACAUCGUAAAUAUAAAUUUCAAAUACAAAAUAUUCUAUGUAAACUAUAUAUUUCAAAUAUUCAAUAUUGUUGAAAAUGUGAUUUUAAACAAUACAAAAGAUAUUCUCGAAAAUUUUACUUUGGGAUACAAGAUAACGAAAUAGUAUUUUGUAUCUUAAGCUUUUUUGGGUUAUACACAUUUGAAAUACUACCUAGUCCUGAUAUAAUACUUCUGAAUUUUGAAAGUGUAUAAUUUACGGGACAGCCUCGAAUCACGACCACUCUUUUGAGUAUUUAAACUCAAAGACUCAUGUACAUUAUUAAGUACUAUCGCGUUAUUGUAAAUAUGAUUAGGGUAUAAGUAAUUGAGAUUUUAAUUGGAUUAUUUUCGAGUAAAGAUUGCUAUGUAAUUACAAUUUGAUAGAUUAAAUUCAUAUUUGGAUCUAACGUAAUAUAUAUAGCACAUAGGUUUUAUCUUAUAGCUAGUAUAUUAUAUAUAUAUAUUUGUACAUAAUACAAUUGAGAUAUUGUAUAAAGACUGUUUCUAAAAGAGUAUAACAAUUAUACCGCUCACGAUAUUGCAUUUUGUCACUGGGAGUGCGUGCAUUUUCAAGGAUAUUCUCGAGAUCGGCCUCGCAAUAGGAGAUCCGCAAGAGUACGACACUCGUGCUACGCUAUAGAUAUAUGUACGUAUAUGUAUAUGUGUGUGUGUGUGUGUGUAUAUACAUACAUACAUUCAUGCAUAUAUAUAUAUAUAUAUAUAUAGAUAUAUAUAUAUAUUUGUAAACCAAAAUAAGUUUAAAGAAAAAAAUAAAAUAGAUAGAUUGACAAAAAAUUUCACAAUUUCUCUAAUAUAAAAUUGACAUUAUGAUUAUGAAAUUUGUCAGAAACAAAAUUAUAGCAAACAUUUAAAAUUUCUAAUAAUAAAAUUUGAAUAACAAUAAGAUAUUGGUAUGUAAAUGCACGACUAAUUAGAUAUGACUUAUUUUCUUGUAUAAUUUACAUACAUGUUCAAGUUUAUCAAACUGUGUACAGAAUAAAUUUUCAAUGUUGAUAGUUCUCAACAAGAAUAGUAAUAUCACAAUAUUCAUAUUUGUCAAUCGAUAUAACAGAGAUUUUCAAUGAAUCUGACGCAAAGGUGGGCAGGUGUAGUACAUUUGCGGAUGCAUUAAGACUUGUACUAGUUGCGCGUGUGUAGUGCUUUUGCAUUUCUAGCAUAGAGUUAGUGGAUGUCGGAAUAGAUCGAUUACGCAUCUCGUUCUUGUCAUCGAUGAUAUACACAAUUCGAUGCGCGCUAUUGGCAUUUUUCGAUCAAUGUACGCUGAGUAUGUAUAUCACGAUGAGGGGAUUUCCUCUGAAUACCGAGUGAUAUGUUUUUUCGGCAGCCUGAUACGCGUGUGAUCUCUGGCGCGAGAUUUAUACGUACUGUACAAAUACUGGCGACUAGGCCUUAGGUAUUUCGUAUGCUUUUUUCUUCUACAUUUUCAUUAAUUAAGAUAGCGUAGCAGAGAUACUUACAACCUGGUGAUAAAUUAUACUGUAUUAAUCGGUUAAUUCCGAGAACGUUAUUUAUAUCAUCAUUGUAUCUUUACAUUCCGUAUAACGUACUUCGUAUGCGGAGACUCGGGUGGUACAAAAAGUUUAAAGCAAAGAUACACUUUAUUUUGAUGUUUCGAAAUAUUUAUUUCUACAGUUAAACGUUAUUAAAAUAUCAUAAACUUUUAUUCCCAACGUUUCGGAGGAAUAAUACGAUAAAGCGUUGAGAUUUAAAGAUGCUAGUCCGCUCACAUAACAUUGGCAACAUUAGAGCAACGGUCAGCUUCGUGAAAGUGUAGUAACAAAAAUAAUGGAGAAUCUCAACUAGAACUGAGACGCAUAAGUCAACGAAAUUUUGUACCGACUCGAGUAAAUCAAGUAGAGAUGAUAGCAUAAUAAGUCUACAAUGAUAUCACGAACGGAAGAAGAAAAACCGAGAAUACGGUCCAUUGUGCGAAUCUCAAUAGUUUCAUAUUUUUCUCAAAUGAAUGCAUUGAAAUAUGUACAUAUACAAAGUUUUAUUGAUCAUACAUGUGGUGCAUAUAUAUAUUACAUAUAUACAUAUAUGUGCACACAUACAUACACAGACAUGUACUUGCAUACAUCAUGCCACAUGCUCGCGUAAUUAAGGGAAACGAUAUAGAAAGGAGCAGUGUGUAGAGGAACAUACGAGUAUAUCUACGCGGACAUACAUUCUAUUAUAUACUACAUUUUAGUCGGAUCUACAUCCAUUAACUCUGUGAUAUCCAUCACAUCUAGGCGCAAACGUGACAGCCAAAACGAAAAAAAAAAAAAAAAAGAAAAUAAGUGAACGAAGCUGAGCUCUAAAGGCAUUUUUUUACUGUAUAUAUCAUAUAUUUUCUAAAUAAUGGACUGUUCCGGAAUUCACAGGAGAUUUGUUGAUGUGCGAAAGUGUAUGGAUUCGGAUUAUUAAAUAUUUGAACAUUUAAAUAACAAAGACAGAUUCUUAUUUUUGUACAAAUAGGAUGACCCGUCGCGAUAUCCUACCCUCCCCCGCACACACGGAAACUCUCACACGCUAAACGAAAACGUAGUCAUAUACAUACGAAUAUAUUUUGCGUAAGUUUUAUAACUAUCGCAUUAUAGAUAUAUCGUUAGCGUCAUUUUCCGAAAGCAGAAAGCAACUCUCGAUUUUAGAGGUCUAGUUCAUUAUUGCCGUCGCCAUUAUUUUUAUCGUCGCUACUGAUAUUAUCAGCCUAACUAGCGUUCUGUUAUAUUGUACAAUUAUCGUUUCAUGCGCUACUUUGAGACGACAUCCAAUAGUAGCGAUAUAUAUAGUGCAGGCCUUGUUACUUUACGCGUGUUUGAAUGCGAAACAGAAACGACAACCGAUGCCUUAUACAAUUUCUAAUGCCUUAUGCGAAUCACAAAAGUACGAACGGUUGGUUAUUUUCCAUCUUAGAGUGUCUCGGUACAACAGUUUCCUUUGGCAAAAUUCGACUGCUACACACUGUGCGUGCGUAAUAUAUUAUGAAACUUAAAUUGUCACCCCUAUUGCGUGAAACAUGCGAUGAUCCCCCGUAUGCGGCUAUAUUGAAUUCCGGAAACAGAUAUUACACGAUGUUAACUUUAAUAUUUCUAAAGUAAGCUAUAACUUGUAAGGUGUGGAAACGAAAGGGAAGAGAGAGAGAGAGAGAGAGAGAGAGAGAAAGAGAGAGGCGGAAGAGAUAUGAGUCGGCAGAGACGAUAACUCACGAGUUUUGUACAUCCACAUGCGCACACGUAUAUUUUGUUUAUUGCUGUGAUGAAUUACAUUAUAAAUAUUUAGCGUAUAAGGCGGUUUGAAUGCGGCUUUUCUUGCCAUUCUAAUAUAAUUGCGAGCAUUAGUCACACUCCCCGUUCGGAUGUAAGCCUCUUAAAAACCGUACGGAUAUGGAACGACGACCUAUUUAUCCUCGAUGUAUUUAAUUGUACGAUAUUUACACGGCAUCCUCUUGUAAAGCGCCUUGGAUAAACGAUUCGUCCAGGAUGCGACUCGCCGCAACGACAAUUUCGUACAGAAGAAAAGAGAAAUGAAAGAGAGAAGAUAUCCGAUUUAUUUUGCUACGCGCGUGCGGAAAUAUGCGAGAACAAACUACGCCGAGAUAUGUUUAUCCUCGCGCAAAACUGACACGGUACUUACUCAACGACGCUAAUAUAACAGGGAGACUUUUCUUAAUAAAUAAAAAGAUUAUUGCCAACACA